AUGCGGUUUGCUAUCGCCUUUCUGUUUGUGACGACAUGGACUAUAAGUCUGUGCGUCGGGCUCGACUACGCCUCGGCGUGCGCGCGGCCCAACAGGUCAAGCCGAGGGCGGGCGCUGCCGAACGUGCCCUGUGACUUGGGCAAACACAACUAUUGUACUACACCAGGGAACAACUAUCCCUGGCACUCGAUCAGAAGAUUUAUUAGAGAAAAUCAGGGUCUGAUGAAAAGAAUGUACGGCGAGGAACGACAAAUAUCAAUAAUAAAAGCGGAAUUGGAUAACUUUAUAGAAGAUGAUGAAGAUGAUGUUAAUAGUAAAACAUCAAAUUUUGAAGAAGAUAUCAUAAAAACAAAAAUGAUGUACACCAAGAUGAGUCAAGGACGUGCCAUGAGAGACAAACCACACUUCAGGCCUAUCAAUACCGAGAAAAACAAAAAGCUCGACAAUGACACGCUAAAAGUUAAACCACUAGAAACACCUCAAAAAAAAGAUAACAACACAGGCACCAGCAACAAGACAGAAAUAAGCAACGAAACGGUAAAUGAAAAAGGUAUAUCUUAUAAAACAAAACUUGAAAGCAUUGCAAACAUAGAAAUCAAUAAUUUAGAUCCUGAUGUUAUUACUUUAGAAGCUGUUAUCAAACAAAGCAUUGAAACUAAUAGCAUAUAUCCAAAAUAUUCGAGUAACACUAAAAUAGAGGCUGUUAAUGAUACGAAAAUUAAUACAGAUUCAAAUUCGACAACUACAGAAAGUAUUAAUACUGCAGAGACCACCACUGAUGAAUAUGACUCAACCACAGAAGCUGGGAAAGACGCCUGGAGACCAAUGAACGUUGACACCUCAACGUUACCGCCGACCCUUCUCUUCUCUGAGCACGAGAAAGUCAAGAUAGAUAGGAUAGAUACAAAAAUGUCGGAAAAAAAGGAGGAGUUCCAUCCUAAGCCUGUUCAGCAUCAGGAGACUGUGAGGCCAGCUGUUAUAAAAUUAAGAGGAGCAAACGCUUGCGAGUCCAAAGAACAAAUAGCGGCGCCUUUCUGGGCAAACAGCACACGCGGGGAACUUCUGGCGCUGCUCAACAUGUACCCAUAUGAGCAAUACAUACACCUUGAGACCUGCGUGCAUGAGCGGAAGCAGAUGUAUUGUCGAGAAGGUUGCAGAUGUGAACAACAAUUCCGUCUCCACCGUCUACUUGCCUACGACCCCAGGAACGAGUGUCGGGGCAUCUUCGCAGAGUGGUUCAAGUUCCCUUCCUGCUGCGUCUGCAAGUGUUACGACGUGCCCCUCGAGUUUCGUGCUCGCUCUCCAAGAAUAUUACAUCCGCAGUAUGACGAGGAAGUGAAGAGAGUCAUAUAUGAGGAUGUAGCCAGAGAUUGGUACUCGAUGUCUGUCUACGAUGAUGAAGACGAUUUGUUUUAG